CUCCUGGUAAUACAUGUAAGAUGAUACUGUCCUGCUUUUUUUUUUGUCCGACAUCUUAGCCAGGUUGCGGUAGUGGCAGCUCCUCUCCUAGCUUCGCAAUGCCGCCCAAGGACAAGAAGAAGAAGAAAGAUGCCGGAAAGUCGGCCAAGAAAGACAAAGACCCAGUGAACAAAUCUGGAGGCAAGCCCAAAAAGAAGUGGUCCAAAGGCAAAGUUUGGGACAAGCUCAACAACCUAGUCUUGUUUGACAAAGGUACGUAUGACAAACUCUGCAAGGAAGUUUCCAACUAUAAGCUUACCACUCCAGCUGUGGUCUCUGAGAGACUGAAGAUUCAAGGUUCCCUGGCCAGGGCAGCCUUUCAGGAGCUCCUUAGUAAAGGCCUUAUCAAACUGGUUUCAAAGCACAGAGCUCAAGUAAUUUACACCAGAAAGACCAAGGGUGGAGAUGCCCCAGCUGCUGGUGAAGAUGCAUGAACAGGGUCCAACCAACCAUAUAUUUGGUAAAAUAAAACAUUA